AUGUGGGAUCGGAGGCUGGUGAGGUUGGCCUUGUUGCAGCAGCUUCGGGCCGUCUAUGGCAUUAAGGUCAAGAGUGGCCGUGGGCAGUGCGAUCGUAGGAGACAUGAAACAGCGGCCACGGAUACAGCGGGUAAAAUAUUUGGAGUACCUUUUAAUGUAUUGCCCCAUUCUGUCGUACCAGAAUAUGGACAUAUUCCAAGUUUUCUUGUUGAUGCUUGCACAUCUUUAGAAGAGCAUAUUCACACAGAAGGGCUUUUUAGGAAAUCAGGAUCUGUUGUUCGUCUGAGAGCCCUCAAGAAUAAACUGGAUCAUGGUGAAAGUUGCCUGGCUUCUGCACCACCUUGUGAUGUUGCAGGACUUCUUAAGCAGUUUUUCAGGGAAUUGCCGGAGCCCAUUCUUCCAGUUGAUCUGCAUGAAGCACUUUUCAAAGCUCAACAGUUAGGAACAGAGGAGAAGAAUAAAGCUACAUUACUGCUCUCCUGUCUCAUGACUGACCACACAACCGAUGUAUUAAGAUACUUCUUUAACUUUCUCAAGAGUGUUUCCCUUAGGUCUAGUGAGAAUAAGAUGGAUAGCAGCAAUCUCGCAGUAAUAUUUGCACCAAACCUUCUUCAGACAAGUGAAGGACAUGAGAAGAUGUCUGCUAACACAGAAAAAAAGCUCCGAAUACAGGCUGCAGUGGUACAGACCCUUAUUGACCAUGCAUCAGAUAUUGGGCAUGUUCCAGAUUUUAUCCAGGAAAAGAUACCGGCCAUGUUGGGUAUUGAUGGUCUCUGUGCUACUCCAUCAUUAGAAGGUUUUGAAGAAGGUGAAUGUGAAACUCCUGGUGACUAUAAGAGAAAGCCAAGACAAAGUGUAGGAGAUUUUGUUAGUGGAGCAUUAAAUAAACUUAAAUCUAACAGAACACCCUCUAUUACGCCUCAACAGGAAAGAACUGCUCAGCUACCCAUAUCACCCAUGAAUCUUACACCAAAUGCUAAGCGUAAACUACCAAUAGAGUCUUCUCAUGGUUUCUCAAGUAAGAAAAGGAAGUCCAUCAAGCACAAUUUUAACUUGGAGUUGUUGCCAACUAAUCUCUUCAACAAUUCUACACCAGCAUCAGUUCACAUUGAUACAAGCCCCGAAGGGUCAGCUCAGAGUUCAUUCUCUCCUGUAGCCAUCAGUGGAAAUGAUUCGAUCAGUACAAGUGUGCUAAGGCGAAGUAAGAGGAUUGCAAGUAAAAAAAUUUGCAGGGUGGAAUCGGGAAAAGCAGGCUGCUUCUCUCCUAAGAUCAGUCGUAAAGAAAAGGUCCGAAGAUCUCUUCGUUUGAAAUUUAGUCUGGGGAAAAGUAGCAAAGACCCAAAUGGGUGUCCUGGUGUCGAUAGAUACGAAAAUGUCGGUCGACGACUUGCAAAUCAACAAAGUUUAAAAAAUAGGAUUGAAUCUGUAAAAACAGGUCUCCUUUUUAGCCCAGAUAUUGAUGAAAGAUUAACAAAGAAAGGUUCAAAAAAGAUCAGUAAGUCUGAGGAGAACUUAUUAACCCCAGAGCGUCUAGAUGGAACAAGUUACCGGAUGUCUUGGACAGGACCUACUAAUUCCGGUUUUCAAGAAAUGGUGACAAAUGAAGUUUCUCCAAUCAAGGGAAAUCUUGAGGUGGAAAGCUCUUCUUCGGAGCCUGAUACUUCAGUUGAAAAGUUACCUGUUAGUUCAUAUGAACGCACCCUUUCUAAUGUACAGGAUAAGCAUAACAGUGUAACUGGAAGCUCUCUUAGUGGGGAUGAAAAUCACUUGACCACAGAGACUCUGGUGAAAAUUCAGAAAGCAUUUUCCGAAUCUGGAAGUAAUCUUCAUGUAUUGAUAAAUCACAGCCAGUCAUCAGUAACUAAUGUGGGGAAAGUAAAACUAAAUGAAACAUCUUCUAUAGAAUACAGUCCAGAGAAAAAUCUGUUUGAGACUAAUGAUUUGACUGUGAUAGAAUCAAAUGAACAUCAAACUGGUAAAGAAGAACAUAGUUUUCCAGAACAAGACAUCUCACUCCAUCAAACUCAAAAUUUGGAUAGAGAAGCAACUGUAAAAUGUUAUUCAACUCAUGUGAAGAUUGAACAUGAAGAAAGCAUUUGUUCAAAUAUACCUAAAGACUAUUCAGUUAAGCAAGAGUUGCCUAGUGAUGAACACGUAAAGGAACAGCAGUCUCUGGGGGAUAAAGUAAAUCCUGAAUUAAGGGAGAGCGAGAAUAUGAUCGAAGAGAACUUGGCGAAGCAUGCAGCUAGCACUUCUUCCUCAGAGCCCAUCACGUGUAACAUAACAAACUUGUCCAAAUGCAGGCCUGUGAGAAUUGUUAAGCAGCAGUCGCUGGUGGAAACCUGCAGCGCUACGGUUUCUGAAAGCUUACAAAUGACAGAGCGUGGUAAUGUGUCAGACCACAUACAGUGGUUUAACAAGCUUUCUUUAAAUGAACCAAAUAGAACAAAGGCAAAGUCACCUCUUAAGUUUCAGCGUACACCUGUUCGUCAGUCUGUCAGAAGGAUUAACUCCUUGUUGGAGUAUAGCAGACAACCUGUACGGCACAAAUUGGCGAGUCUUGGUGAUGCUGCUUCUCCUCUGGUGAAGUCAGUGAGCUGUGACAGUGCUCUUUCCUCUGGUAUGGAAAGUACAUCAAAAGAUUCCUUGAUUUCAUAUACCAAAUCAGGUCCUAAAGAACAGAAGUUUACGGGGUGUGGACAGUCCAAUGUUGAUACAGUUUUGAAAUCAAGCAUGGAGUUAACUUCUCAAUCUUUCUCAAAGACCAACAGGCCCCCAGACUCCACGAAUGCUUCUCUUGGGUCUACCAGAGUUUGUAAACAGGAAGUGGUGUCCAGAGGCCAAAUUAAGGUUCCCUUGGAUGACCUGACAAAUCAUGACAUAUUAAAAUCUGUUGUAAAUAAUAAUGCGGGCUUUUCUCCUGGGAUAAAUAGCAGAGUCCUUAGGAAACCAUCAGAAAAAGAAAGGGUCUGGUAUAAAGGUUCUCCAAAAAAUCCCAUCGGAAAAGCUCAGUUACUACCAACGAGUAAACCUGUAGACUUGUAA